AUGCCAGCUGGGGAUACGAUUGAACAGUCCCUCUCUGAGUCUCAGCUUAGAGAGGGUUCAUACGGCAUGAAGUAUUAUGAAGACGUAUCUCUCGACGAGAAGAGGGGUAUCCAGCCGCGGCCAGAUGCGCCGACCGACGAAGAGUUGCAGACUCUGAGGAGAGUUUCGGACCACAUUCCCUUCAAGCUCUUCACCAUCGCCUUUGUCGAGCUGUGCGAGCGCUUCUCGUACUAUGGCUCCGUUAUUGUCGUGAUCACCAACUUCAUCCAACAACCUCUCCCAGCGGGCUCGACGACCGGCGCCGCGCCCAAUGGCCAACCCGGUGCGCUUGGGAUGGGCCAGCAGGCGUCAACCGGCAUCACGACCUUUAACCAAUUCUGGCAGUACUUUAUGCCCUUAUUCGGCGCCUGGGUCGCCGACAAGUACUGGGGGCGGUACAAGACCAUCUGCAUCUCCAUCGCCGUUGAUCUCGUAGGCCACUUGAUUCUCAUCACCGCCGCUAUCCCGCCCGUCGUCACCAAGCCAGCCGGGAACUCGCUAUCCGCACUGCUCGUAGGCAUGAUAACGAUUGGUUUUGCCACAGGAGGUUUCAAACCCAACGUCAGUCCCUUGAUCGCGGAGCAGCUCGAGAUCGAUCACUUGACCGUAAGGACGCUCACGACGGGAGAGAAGGUGAUUGUCGACCCUGCCAUCACCAUCAACAGGGUCUACAACUGGUUUUACAUGUUCAUCAAUAUUGGUGCUCUGGUCGGCCAGAUCUCAAUGGUGUACGCCGAGAAGUACGUCGGUUUCUGGCUGAGCUUUACGCUGCCGACCUGCAUGCUGGCGCUGUGCCCCCUGGUCAUGUGGUGGGGAAAGGGUAGAUAUCGCGAUCAGCCCCCGACGGGCUCGGUUUUGGGACCGGCUCUGCGGACGUUUCUCUUUGCUCAGAAGGGUAGAUGGUCGAUUAACCCAGUUAAGACUUGGAGGAACAUGCAUGACGGGACCUUCUGGGAGAGGGUCAAGCCUUCUAACUUCUCCGAUGCGACUCGGCCAAAGUGGAUGACCUUUGACGACGCCUGGGUCGAAGAGCUGCGUCGUGGCUUCGCAGCUUGUGCCGUCUUUUCAUGGUAUCCCAUCUACUGGCUCUCGUAUAAUCAAUUGAACAACAACCUAGUUUCUCAAGCCGCCACCAUGCAGCUCAACGGCCUCCCCAAUGAUAUCCUCUCCAAUCUCGACCCCAUAGCCCUCAUUCUCUUCAUCCCGCUGUGCGACCUAGUGCUCUAUCCGACCCUCCGCAAGCUCAGGAUCCCCUUCACGCCCAUCAAGAAGAUCGCUUUUGGCUUCUUCACCGGCGCCAUGGCCAUGGUCUGGGCCUGCGUGCUGCAGUACUACAUCUACAAGCGCUCCGCCUGCGGCCAGUUCGCCUCGGGCACCCUACCCACCGGCGACCCCUGCCCUCCCGUUGACAUUCUCGUCUGGGCCCAGACGGGCGCCUACGUGCUCAUCGCCCUGUCUGAGAUCUUUGCCAGCAUCACCAGCCUCGAGUACGCUUUCAGCAAGGCGCCCAAAAACAUGCGGUCCAUGGUCCAGGCUGUGGCGCUCUUCAUGUCGGCCAUCUCCGCGGCGUUGGGGCAGGCUUUCACGCCGUUGAGUACUGACCCAUAUCUGGUAUGGAACUAUGGCAUCGUGGCCGUGCUGGCUGGCGUGGCGGGUGUGAUCUUCUGGUUUCAGUUCAGGGAUUUGGAUAAGGAGGAGGAUGCGAUGAACGAGUUGCCCGAGGGUCGUAUUGGGCAGGGUGUUGCUCCUGCUACUGAAAUGUCACGGAUGGAUAACAGUGGGAAGAGGGACUGA